UCACAUUCAUCAUGAACACUACUCACACACACUACUACCUUAUCUUUACACAAUCGUGCCAAAAGUAGCUAACAAGUGAUCACUUGAGAAAGAAAAAAGGAAAAAAAAAACAAGGUGCUUUGGUGAAUUGGUGAGGUAGUAUGGGUACCAUCGGGUUCCCGGUGACGAGGACGAGCAGGUCCCUGGUGGCGCCGUCGUCGGCGACGCCGCAGGAGACGCUGCGCCUGUCGGUGAUCGACCGCGUGGCGGGGCUGCGCCACCUUGUGCGGUCGCUGCACGUGUUCGACGGCCGCAGCGGCGGCGGCGCCGGAGGCGACGAGGCGUUGCUGGCGACGCCGGCGAGGACGCUGCGGGAGGCGCUGGGGAAGGCGCUGGUGGACUACUACCCGUUUGCGGGGCGGUUCGUGACGGAGGAGGACGGCGAGGUCCGGGUGGCGUGCACGGCGGAGGGCGCGUGGUUCGUGGAGGCGUCGGCGGCGUGCUCCCUGGAGGAGGUGAAGCACCUGGACCACCCCAUGCUCAUCCCCAAGGAGGAGCUGCUGCCGGAGCCGGCGCCGGACGUCAACCCACUCGACAUGCCGCUCAUGAUGCAGGUGACGGAGUUCACGUGCGGCGGCUUCGUUGUCGGCCUCAUCUCCGUGCACACCAUCGCCGACGGCCUCGGCGCCGGGCAGUUCAUCAACGCGGUGGCGGACUACGCGCGCGGCCUCCCCAAGCCCCGCGUGGCCCCCGUCUGGGCGCGCGACAUCAUCCCGGCGCCGUCGAAGAUUGUGUCGCGGCCGCCGCGCUUCGAGCUCUUCGACCUCCGCUACUUCACCGUGGACCUCGGCCCGGACCACAUCGCCAAGGUCAAGUCCAGCUUCUUCGAGGCGACGGGGCAGCGCUGCUCCGCCUUCGACGUGUGCGUCGCCAAGACGUGGCAGUCCCGCGUCCGCGCGCUCCGGCUCGACGCCGACGACCCGUCCCGCCCAGUCCACGUCUGCUUCUUCGCCAACACCCGCCACCUCCUGCCGCCGGCGCCGGGGUUCUACGGCAACUGCUUCUACACGGUGAAGGCGACGCGUCCCUGCGGCGAGAUCGCCGCCGCCGGCGUGGUGGAGGUGGUGCGCGCGAUCCGGGACGCCAAGGCGCGGCUGGCCGCGGACUUCGCGCGGUGGGCGGGCGGAGGGUUCGAGCGCGACCCCUACGAGCUCACCUUCACCUACGACUCGCUCUUCGUCUCCGACUGGACGCGGCUCGGGUUCCUGGAGGCGGACUACGGGUGGGGCACGCCGGCGCACGUCCUGCCCUUCUCGUACCACCCCUUCAUGGCCGUCGCCGUCAUCGGAGCGCCGCCGGCGCCCAAGCCCGGAGCGCGCGUCAUGACCAUGUGCGUCACGGAGAAGCACCUGCCGGAGUUCCGGGAGCAGAUGAACGCCUUCGCCGCCGGGAACUAAACCAUGCUUACCUAUCGUCGUCGUGUAUCGCCGUUUCCUCAUCAAAGCGUGUCUACGUACGUGCAUGCAGCGAACUACUGCAAGUUUGGAAUUCGCCGGUAUUGAUCUCUCGAUCUCCAUCCCCUAGCUUGCUAUGCCUCAUCAAGAACUCAUGAAUGGAUUUGCUUGCGUGUAAUUUGUUUUUCAAAAAAUUUGCCACAGCUAGCGUUGUGAUCCGUGCUUUGUGUACGCACAUGUAUUCCUGCCCGUCUGCCAAAAAAAGAAAUGGCGGGCUAGCUCGCUUUUCUGUAUGCGCCUGUAAAUUGUAAUACGGAUCGACGAAAUAAAGAUGGAUGCAUGGUUUGUACCUGGUUA